AUGAAACUCAAUCGCGAUGUAUCCUCCUCCCGGCGCAAGUCCCGCAAGGCCCAUUUCGACGCCCCCUCCUCUAUCCGCCGCAAAAUAAUGUCCUCUGCACUUUCAAAAGAACUGCGAGGCAAAUAUAACGCUCGUUCGCUUCCCAUUCGCAAAGACGACGAGGUCAGGAUUGUACGGGGCAAGUACAAAGGUCGGGAGGGAAAAGUCACGCAGGUGUAUCGCAAGAAAUGGGUCAUUCACGUCGACCGUGUACAGCGAGACAAGUCAAACGGCGCUACUGCUCCCAUCGGUGUCCACCCCAGUAACGUCGUCAUUACCACCAUCAAGCUUGACAAGGACCGUCGGGCUAUCCUUGACCGCAAAGACCGGAAGAAAUCGGCAGCGGCAGACGAUGCUGAGAUGGUGGAGUGA